CCCUCCCCUCCUCCCCGCGCGGCUGGCGGUCGGUGGCGGCCGCCUCGGUGCUGACAAGAUGGCGGCUGGCGGGGCUGUCGCUGCGGCGCCCGAGUGCCGGCUUCUCCCCUACGCGCUACACAAGUGGAGCUCCUUCUCCUCCACUUACCUUCCCGAAAACAUUUUAGUGGAUAAACCAAAUGACCAAUCUUCAAGGUGGUCUUCAGAGAGCAACUAUCCUCCCCAGUACCUGAUUCUGAAACUUGAAAGGCCUGCUAUAGUCCAGAACAUCACAUUUGGAAAAUAUGAGAAAACUCAUGUCUGCAAUUUGAAGAAAUUUAAAGUCUUUGGUGGAAUGAAUGAAGAAAAUAUGACAGAGCUAUUGUCCAGUGGCUUAAAGAAUGAUUAUAACAAAGAAACAUUCACCUUGAAGCAUAAAAUUGAUGAACAGAUGUUCCCUUGUCGAUUCAUUAAAAUAGUUCCACUCUUAUCCUGGGGACCCAGCUUUAACUUUAGCAUCUGGUAUGUUGAACUUAGUGGCAUUGAUGAUCCCGACGUAGUACAACCCUGUCUCAACUGGUAUAGCAAGUACCGUGAACAGGAAGCUAUUCGCCUUUGUCUAAAACACUUCAGACAACACAACUAUACAGAGGCUUUUGAAUCGCUACAAAAAAAAACGAAGAUUGCCCUAGAACAUCCCAUGUUAACAGAUCUACAUGAUAAGCUGGUGUUAAAGGGUGAUUUUGAUGCUUGUGAAGAAUUGAUUGAAAAAGCUGUAAAUGAUGGUUUGUUCAAUCAGUACAUCAGCCAACAGGAAUAUAAGCCACGAUGGAGUCAAAUCAUUCCCAAAAGCACCAAAGGUGAUGGAGAGGAUAACCGACCAGGAAUGAGAGGGGGCCAUCAGAUGGUUAUUGAUGUUCAAACAGAGACCGUUUAUUUGUUUGGUGGCUGGGAUGGAACACAAGAUCUUGCUGACUUCUGGGCGUACAGUGUGAAGGAGAACCAGUGGACAUGUAUCUCUAGAGACACUGAGAAAGAGAAUGGUCCUAGUGCCAGAUCAUGUCAUAAAAUGUGCAUUGACAUUCAACGAAGGCAAAUCUACACAUUGGGGCGUUAUUUGGAUUCCUCCGUGAGGAACAGCAAAUCUCUGAAAAGUGACUUCUAUCGUUAUGACAUUGACACAAACACAUGGAUGUUACUCAGUGAGGACACUGCUGCUGAUGGAGGGCCGAAAUUGGUGUUUGAUCAUCAGAUGUGUAUGGACUCAGAAAAACAUAUGAUCUACACCUUUGGUGGUAGAAUUUUGACAUGUAAUGGCAGCGUAGACGACAGCAGAGCCAGUGAACCACAGUUCAGUGGGUUGUUUGCUUUCAACUGCCAAUGUCAAACUUGGAAACUUCUUCGAGAGGACUCCUGUAAUGCUGGGCCUGAGGACAUCCAGUCUCGGAUAGGACACUGCAUGCUAUUCCACUCAAAAAAUCGUUGCCUAUAUGUAUUUGGUGGCCAGCGAUCGAAGACCUAUUUGAAUGAUUUCUUUAGUUAUGAUGUGGACUCUGAUCAUGUAGACAUAAUAUCAGAUGGCACCAAGAAAGACUCUGGAAUGGUUCCAAUGACAGGAUUCACACAGAGAGCAACCAUUGAUCCAGAACUGAAUGAAAUACAUGUCUUAUCUGGACUCAGCAAAGACAAGGAAAAGAGGGAGGAGAAUGUCAGAAAUUCAUUCUGGAUUUAUGACAUUGUGAGGAAUAGUUGGUCUUGCGUCUAUAAGAAUGAUCAAGCUGCAAAGGAUAAUCCAAGUAAAAGUCUUCAGGAGGAAGAACCAUGUCCAAGAUUUGCCCAUCAGCUUGUAUAUGAUGAGUUACACAAGGUUCAUUAUUUAUUUGGUGGGAAUCCAGGAAAAUCUUGCUCCCCAAAGAUGAGAUUAGAUGACUUCUGGUCACUGAAGUUAUGUAGGCCUUCAAAAGAUUACUUACUGAGGCACUGCAAGUACCUGAUAAGAAAACACAGGUUUGAAGAAAAGGCCCAAAUGGAUCCCCUUAGUGCUUUGAAGUAUUUACAAAACGAUCUUUAUAUAACCGUGGAUCAUUCAGACCCAGAAGAGACAAAAGAGUUCCAGCUCCUAGCUUCAGCUCUGUUCAAAUCUGGUUCAGACUUUACAGCUCUAGGUUUUAGUUAUUUUUUGUGAGAGAGAUCAUAGAGGAAGAGGGAGAAGCAGACUCACCAGUGAGCAGAGAGCCCAAUGUGGGGCUUAAUCCCAUGACCCCAGACCAUGACCUGAGCUGAAGGCAGACACUUAACCAUCUGAGCCACCCAGGUGCCCCUCUUUGUUAAAUCUUAAAGCUCCAAAGAUGUAAACAUUUGCCCUCAAACUUAAAAUAAUAGUAAAAGAAUUUUUUUUUUAAUUAAAAGGAAUGUUCCUUUCUUGAAACAUUGUUUAUUUUCCUUCCAGGAAACUGGUAUCCUUGGCAAUGUUUUGUUCUGUUCAUGUUCUUUACAAGAGUAAAAAAACAGAAUGUACCUAAAACUAUAUUGUAAGUUGAGUGAACAUUGGUCCAGUUUGAAAUAAUUUUCAUUGGGUAUCAAGGCAUAUAUAACUUUCUGGCACUAUAUCUGUGUCUUAAGGUACUCAGUAGGGCUCUCAUGUCUCAGCCAUUUCAUGAACAGGGAAAUCAAAAGACUACUUUGUUUAUUUUAUUACUUUCCUACCUCAUAUGUACAUAAGAAAUUUAAAGCAGCUUAAAUCAAUAUAUACCAGCUGACUAAAGGAAGGAAGCAUCUCACUGAAUAUUCCUUUGGCCGGAAUAAACUUGAAAAUUAAAUGUUUAAUAGAGGUUAAAGGAGGGGAAAAAUCCUUUAGUUCAUGGUGUCCACCUUUUAAGAAUGUCAUCCACUUUCUAAUGUUUAUCUGGAUAAAAAGUAGGUCAUUGUUCUGUUUCUCACAUGAUAUGUGCCUGGCAGAGAGCCUGGUGCUUAGUACCAUAAAUGCAUGUCAUUUCCUAUGUGCCAGGGAUGUUCUACGUUACUGUACAGGUAAUUCUUUCAGUUCUUUGACCCUACUUCCAGCUCUCAGGACCUUAAUGAUUUUAGACCACCUUCUAAAGAAAGUGAUUUUAGUAUGUUUUUCAUUUUGAUUUUAUUCUACUUUUUAAGGACUUAAUUUAUUGGGGCACCUGGGUGGUUUAGUGGGUUAAAGCCUCUGCCUUUGGCUUGGGUGAUGAGCCCAGGGUCCUGGGGUCAAGUCCCGCAUUGGGCUCUCUGCUCAGCAGGGAGCCUGCCCCCCCCUUCUCUGCCUGCCUCUAUGCCUACUUGUGAUCUCUGUCAAAUAAAUAAAUAAAAUCUUUUUUUUAAAAAAGAUUUUCAGGGUGCCUGGGUGGCUCAGUGGGUUAAAGCCUCUGCCUCCGGCUCAGGUCAUGAUCUCAGGGUCCUAGGAUCAAGCCCCGCCUCAGGCUCUCUGCUCAGCAGGGAGCCUGCUUCCCUUCCUCUCUCUCUGCCUGCCUCUCUGCCUACUUGUGAUCUCUGUCU